GGUCACUUUUCCGUCGUUUCCGUGGUGAACGCGGUGAACGCAUGGGUGAGCGGGAUACCGGUUUAUCGCGCUAAGCACGUCUACCCCACAGUGGUCUACCCAGUUGGAUUCAGUGGUCGGAUUCGGCCGGUCGGCAUCGGGCGGAUCGGAUCCGUGAAACGCGCGAAAGCGUGGGACGCCGAGCCAGCCGAGUUAAACCGCUAAACUGUACUUUCCUGGCACCAUAACAUAGGUCGCCGGUUGGUCAGUCCCCGUAACAGUAGGCCACAAGUUUACGAAAGUUUGGAGCUCAUCCUGUUUGCAAACACCAUGUCAUUUGUCGAGGCAUCGCCUUUGCUACCGUCAGCAGCAAGAACUACCAACUAUUCAUCAGCGCACCCGACCGCUCCCACAGGAGAUGAUUACCCUCCCCCUGCCUACCCAGGCAUUGACUUCAAGCCUGCCUUGACCAGAAUGUGCGAUGUUUGCAGUUAUGCAAUUGACAUAUCCCAAACUCCACAUGAUUAUGUGGUUACAUGUCCUCGAUGCUAUGAAUCAACGGCGAUGGGGAAUCCUCCUCGAGGAAAGAGGUUUGUGAGGUGCACCUGCAACAAGCUUCUCAUGUAUAGCAAUGGAGCCACCAAGAUAAAAUGCAACAGGGUUGGUUGCUCCGCCGAGAUUGAUGUGCAGGAGAAGCCCGCACCUGACAAACGCAAAUCUCGAAGCCGAAGGGAAACUGUGGCUGCAGAACCCAGGCCAGCACCAUGUUGUAGGUUCGUCUGCGGUCACUGCAACAGUGUUUCUGUGCUGGACACUGCUCCAGGUUCAAGCUUCACAUGUAGGCUUUGUGGAAAGCGGUCUUCCAUUGGUCGUGUUGGCCGUAAGGCCAUUGUCAGCAUAGUUGUGGGAAUGGCGAUCGUGGUCGCUGUGUUGCUGAUUAUGGUAUCGACGAUCUUCCUUCGACACAGUUCGGGGUACUGGUGGGUCUACAUGGCGGGACUCAUCCUAGCAGUCUUCUUCCUCGUCCACGGCCUCUGGUUGCUGUGCAUGAAACGAAGCACAAUUGAGGUGGUUGACAGCACCAGUAUUGCAAGCUAGGUGCUGGAUUGCUCUUCUAGCUGCGACUUCGAGGGUUGUAAUCAAGGCUUGGGGGAAUGGAUAACAUCUUCCCUUCAAUUUUGCACGUGAAAUGACACCAGGCCACGAAGAGUGACUGAUGAAAUUUCGUUAAUAAUUUCCUUGCUAUUCUGUUUGUUCUAUUUUGUUUUGCACAAGUCGAAAGCUUGGGCAUAAAUUGCCUACAGCUUGGUGCACCAGGGGUAGAGAUUGCCUAUGUUAUGCUGCAAGUUUGUGUGGUUAGCAUGUUCGUUAAAGGGCAACUCCGGUCGAUAUUUUUAAAUUGAGGAUGAAAACUUUUCAGCUCUGUCAAUGUCCCUAAAUUACAAUUUUUUUUUUUUUUUUUUUUCGAUUUUGCUAGUAGUUAUGAUAUAAAUGUCGCAGCUUAAAGUUUGAUUUCGGGCGUCUGCGGCAAAACUGAAACUAUCUGCUAAAGAGGGAUGGCAACACUGGUCAUCAGGUGUACGGCUGUAAUGUGACGUCACUGUGGAGGUGCAGUACGCAGUACAACUUGCGGAAUUAACUGCUGCACCACCACGGUGUGACGUCACGGUGGUGCUGCGGUACGUGUCGCUUACUUGUCUAAAGGCUAACCCGCUUGCCACCUGCUAAAGAGCAGCUGGUCGCAUCUUUAAAAUCGGUUUUAGUUGAGUACUCUGGUAAAACGAUAGCAGUCAUUUAUUUUGGUUUCGUUUCUGACCGGAGUUGCCCUUUAAUAAAGGUUUCUAUUGGCUGGUGCCUUCUGACUGCCUUUCUUUUUGUUGCUUUGUGUUACUUGUGUCACAAAGGUGAAAUGUGCAAAUAUGACCAAAUUAAAUUCAAUCGAAAAUAUGUCAUAUGUAAGGUUCCGCGUUUUCGGUUUCUAUUUUUUUUAAAUUCGGCAUACUUUUUUCUGUGUUUACUUUAAACUUCAAUUUUCGGUUUGUUUUUUGGCGUAUAUUUAUGUCCACAAAAGUUUCCGGUGAAUAUAAAAUAAACAGCAACGGACACCGGAUCAGAUUAUCCUUGUAGCUCUGGAAUUUUUGAUCACUCAAAAAAAUAACGGCACAGAUAUAUUGAAAAGGAAAUGGACACUUUAUUGGGAAAAUGUGUGCUACUGUAAAAGAAUCAAGAAAAAAAAUGCAGAAGUAAAAACAAGUCUGAUAUGAAGCCUAUGCCCAAAAAACAUGGAACUCGCCUUCUGUAUGUCAUAAUUACACGAUCUUAUUAUAGUACACACACGCAUACCUUCCCAGUUUCUCCUCGUUGAUCCGCACUCUUUCUUUCCUGUUAAUAUGACCCUGAGCUUCGAGAAUGCCCUUUCAAUGCUAACACUGGACUCUGGCAGGCUGAGGAGAUGAAGCGCUGCCUGAGCCAAAAUCGGCCAAUCAACCGAUUGUGACCGCCAAAAGAGACACGGUGCGACGUUUUGAAGCACAACACAACAUGCAGGGCUUGCAUCAAGUCAGUCUUCCUUACAAGUUUGAAAACACGCUCGUACAUGGCGAAGUCAUGCGGCAUUUCGGACUUCACGUUCCGAUCGAUGAUGCGCACAUUAAACCAAAACGUCUUAAUGGCAUCCAUGUAUCCCAUAUAUUUGGGCACGUUUCGAUAGACACUGUCGUUCCACUUUUUCGCCAUGGCUCUGCGGUGGCGAAAGGUUAAAGUGACCUUUUCCAGGAUGUGACAUAUACUUUUAUAGGGAAAUGGAAAAUGCCGAACCUAAAAACUGGCCUUUUUUUCGUUUAAAAGCAAAUUUUCAAAAAUGAAUUCGGCGUACUUUUAUCAGUUUAAACCGAAAACUCCGAACCCUAGUCAUAGGGAACUAUAGUAGGUGACAGGUUCAGAGUUCAGGGGAAGCUCCUCCCACCUCUCUCCACUUUAGCAGAGUGAACGCGGUAGAGUCGGCGACCUCCUCUCCAGUGUUCGCUCUGCGAAAGCAGGAAGAGGUGGCAAGAGCUUCCCCUGAACUCUGAAACUGUCACCGACCAUGGUCGGUGACAGAAACACAUUCUUUAUGUGUGUUUUUUUUCUGUUUUUUUUUUUUUGGGGGGGGGGGGGGGGGGGGGUUGUUUUUUGUGUGUAUCUGUAUAUGUACCGGCACUCUGUUUCAUGUAUUGAAAAAACCAACUGUCUCGCACAUUGUCUAUGACCUUUAUUUGUGAAAAGAACGGAAAUUAAAUGCACAUCAAAAGGUA